AUGGCUUGGGCAGGGUAUGAUGAAAAAACACAGGAACUAAGCUUACAAUUUGAGUCUCUCGGGGAUCAAGGAAACGAUGCUCGAAAAUGGAGGGAGCACACCCAAACUGUCUUAUUUUACUUUCUAAAGCAACUUUCAAAACUUCUAGAAGAAAGGUCGGAAAACGGCAUACUUUUCCGUCCAUAUGGAAGCGCUGCUGAAGAUUUAAAGUGCAUUGAGCCAGAUGAUGUGGGAGAUGUGGAUAUCGUGAUAUAUCCUGAUUCAGAUAAUUUGAUGAUCCACGAGGAAUUGAUUGAAUAUUUACCGGAGAAUCCAAUGCACGUCAGAAUCAAAGGAGCUGAUCACCCCAUUCUAAAGUCCUGCCUUGUAGAAGACAAAGAGUACGUAGCCACCUCGGCUUUAAAGAAGUUUCACCCGGCAAUUUAUGGACGUUCAGCGCCUUACAUAGUAGAUAUUACCACCCGUGCUCAUCAACAGAAAAUGUUGACUCCAGAACUGUCAUCCCUUCUACAAUCUACCUCCUAUUUAAAAGGCAAGGAAGCCAGUCCUGCUAUUACAGUGAAUUUUACCCGGUCGUUAAAUAAACAACCGAGUGAUGCCUCGCCUCAUGUCCACACAGAAGAAUGGGAAUGGCUGGUACAUGUCUUUUGUAAUCUUACCGGAACUGUUUAUACCAAAGAACAUGCCAAGGUUAUUGACGAUAUUACUCAGUUUAUGAAUGAAGUAGGUAUGUAUCUUGAUAACAAACGUCUGAACACUGUUUCAGAAAUGCUGCCGGUUUUUAUUGAGUUUUAUCAGAGCGACAGAGCGAAAACCCUUCAAGCUCGAUUUCAAAGCAUUUCUAAGAACCAACCACAUGAUUAUGAGACCCGGAGGAAGAAGAACAUGGAAUCUCGAAAAAUUGGCGAAAAGCAACACGUCUUGUCGGGCGAGCAACAAAGAAAAGAAAAUAACGCAAACUUAUUUCAGAGGACAUGCUCAUCCUGUAAAUUGCCAUGUGUCGAGACAGAACAUUGCGAGGAAGCACAAACAAAUGCUGGAGAGUUUCACUCCGACGGGAAUCGCGCGGGAAACGGUGACUGUGAUGCAAUGGACGAGAGGAGCGAGACAAAACGUAGAGGGGACCACGUUGAAAACCAUAUUUCGUCUAAGAAAGAGCAGCUGUUGACAAUAGAGAAGUAUCAAAGCCCCUCUCAAGGUGAAGCGGAAGCACGUGAAAAGCGAAUACUAAACCUUUUUUUCGAUCACCUGUUUGGAUCCACAUCUGAACUAGGAGAACAUUCCAUUAAGGAAGCCGCUAACGUCACAGACUUUGAAAAGUGUUCGGAUCAACUAAAAGGUGGAUUCGACUUCGUUCCAGCAUUUAAAGCUCCAGGAUGGCCCAUUGUUGCGCAAGAAUGGAUCAGAAGAGAACGCAAGUGGCCUUCUCAAAAGGUAAUCGACCAAAUUCUCCAGGAGGGUUUUCAUUUGGUUGUAAAAGCUCCAAAGAAUGGUGGCAAUCUAGAAUGCGAUUUCAGAAUAUCCUUUGCAAAUGCAGAAUUCCUGUUAAGCAGAGAGUUAAACGAAGUCCAGCGCGAGUGUUAUCGCUGCCUAAAAAAAUUUCAUCGAGCCUAUCUUUCCACAAAACCCAAGAGUUUGGUAUCAUUUCAUCUGAAGAACCUCUUUCUGAAAACAGUUGAAGAGACUGGUGCUGAAAUGUGGACGCAAAGCAAAAGAGUAGAGUGCAUGAUGAAGUUGUUUCGAAACCUUUUGGAAGCUCUAAGAAAGAGAGAUUUGCGUCACUUCUUUGUGAGAUCUUACAACCUGUUCAGUAUAGACUACAUCGCAGACCCCAAUAUUCUGGAGCCCUUGGUUGGAAUAUGUGAGAAGAUCAAUGAAAAUCCGAUGCAAUUUGUGAGAAAAUUGGCCCAGAGACAAAAUUCCGAACAGACGAAAAGAGAACAAAACUGCAUGCCAGCUCUCAAUACACAAGGUCAAAGUGAUGUCCAUCAAGAAGUUUCUUGCAAAGGCACUGAGAAAGAAUUUAAAGAAGCAAUAAAUCAAGAGAGAAUUUCGAUUAAUAGUUUCCGUUACCACGACCUAAAAGACAUUUUUCUGUCUACUAGCAAGGAGAUGACUGAUUUGGCUUUUAACGACCCUCAUUGCAGCCUCCAAAGUCUUUCUUCUCUGGAGAAGUCCAUAAUAGAAGAUCUGCGAGAAAUUGAAAAGUAUCAUAUUAUUCAAGUUGCCGACUUCCCUAAAAUGUUUGAUAUCUGCUGGGACACAGCUUACUUCAAAAUUCUGCUCAGCCGAGAACCGAACAUUAGGAGUCGUAUCCUUGAUGGGAUUAAGAGCGUCCUUGAGUUGUGCAAGUAUGUACUAAAGCAAGAGGACUUUGCAACUGGAAAUGAAGAAGCUAUCAUUCAACGAAUGCUUGAUCCUUCUUCCAAGGAUUCUUUCGACUUGAGCCACAUCUUGCCUGCUGAUUCAGGGCCCCAGUUUAUUCGAGAACUUUUUCGCGGUGAGAAGGUCAGGCCGGCUCAGGCUUCAAAGGUUAUUCAGGAUGACAUUCUAUUAGACUGA